GCGCAGUGCACACCAGUAGUUGGUGCUGAAAUUCGGCGCGCGCAUUUGAAGGGGAAAAAUGGAGUUGUUGCGCGCGCUGCAGCUGUUGAAGUUACCCGCGGUGUCCACCGCCUGGGUGGACGCUGUGUGGGAGUGUGAGUUCACAGACACUGAACCCCUCGACCCCACUGUGGAAGAUGAAAUAAAAGAAGACGUGAACGUCUUUAAGAAAGUGUAUAAGCAGUUGCUGCCUUUCUCCUGUGAAGAGGAAAACACACAGAGCGUGUGGAACGUGUUUGGAGAAAACGGCGUGUCGGUGAAGUCUCUGGUGGCCGUGCUGGCGUGUUUCGUCCUCGGCGCCAAAACCAAAUCGUCCAGUGUGGAGCAGAGACGCGUCAGUCUGCAGUCUGCGUCACUGUACCUGCUGCUCCUCAGAAUCCCAGGCAGCGUGGCCAAUAAAGUGUUCCACCAGAUCCUGUUCGACACAUGCCUGGACAUUGUGCUGAAAUGCUGGCCGCAGAGCUCGGGGAAGAAACGUAAGAAAGAUGCGAUAAAGAGCUCGCAGGCUGAAUCCAAAAGCGGGAAACGCCCCAAACCCCCGAAGAAAGUCCCAGAGGAGAUGGAGAUCGAUGAGGAAGAGGAAGAAGAGGACGAGGAGGUGUAUUUUUCAGCUCAGGAUCUUUUGGUAUUGCGUGAGGACGUGGCAGGACUCGUACGAACGCUGCUUAAACUGCUGGAGAAGUUUUCACUCCGGGACAAACCGCAGAGCGCCGAUAGCUGCGUGCGGUUGUUCACUGAACUCACCAACUUCGAGCCAGUCAUCGGAGAGCUGUCCUUCUCUGAGAAACGCGAUGUGGACAAACUGCAGAGCCUCCCUGAGCUCGCUUUUCAUGGCCUUUGGCUUCUCUGCUCCUCCAAUCACGGUGAAGGAAAUGAGUGUCGCCGGCGUGUCUUUCACCGGCUGCUGUACGUCAUUCUGAUGAUGAAGAAGGACAGAGUUAAACCGUGUCUGCUCACUCCAUCGCAGGCCGUCUGUGCCGCUCGAGACCAGGCCAUCCUGUUCAUCAGUCAUAUCAUGGACGAGCAGAAAGAGGUCAUGUUGCCACUGCUUAAGAUCCUCGUACAGCACAUCUGUCACCAGAUGGUGGAAAAGGCAGAAUACCGUGCCAGUGGUGCUGAGGCUGUGGGGAAGCUUGUGACCAAGAUGCCAUGUAACAACUAUGCUGCUUUUGUCAAGUGGCUUCAUAACUAUUCUCUGAACACCAGGGUAGCGUUUCGGAUGUUUGCUCUGGACGUAGCCAUGGUGCUGUUGGCGCAGGAGGAACGGGAGGCAGACGGGGCGCUCGAACCCGAUCUGGCGUUGUACCUCUCGCACCGUUUCUUGGUGCACAGCGUGGUGUAUGGUCGCCGCUCCGACGUCUCGCCUACAGUCCGAGCACAUGCCAUGCACUGCCUCGCCCUGUGUCUCGAGCUGCCCAGCCAAAAUGCCACCAAAUGCAUCCAUGAGCUCUUCUCUUCCUCCUCCACUACCGGCUCACAGACGAUGAUGGAGACGGGACACUCGGAACAGACUCUAAAGAGACCAGAGACCGUUCAAAGAACAGCCCUGACCUUUCGCACCAUCGAUCUCACCAAGCACAAGAGCCUGGGAGCUGCGAGUCGCCACUGCACCAACGACGGCAUGAGCCGUGACGCUACCGCCAUUGAGUAUCAGGAAACCUUGGCUCUGUUUAAACAGCGUGUGAGUGACCCCAAAACCAACGUUCGGAAAUGUGCCCUUGAGACGAUAAUGAGUCUGCUGAAGCACGGCGUGAUCACGUGUAGUGCGGAGAAUCUGGAAAUUCUGUCCGAGCGCUGCAGAGACCCGGCAGUGUCUGUGAAGAAGAAAGCCAUGCAGUGCCUCAUGGAUCUUCUCACUGCGCUACCUGACAACAUAGAGGUGCAGGAGGCAUGGCUGAGGGGCGUGGUCCCAGCUGUGAUGGACUCUGAGAGCUCUGUACAGGACAAAGCUCUCGAGUGCCUCAACGACAAAAUCAUCACUCACAUCAAAAGUCAAGGCAGCUAUCGUCAUGACAACGCCUCCCAGAGAGUGGCCUGGGAUCUGCUGAAACUCAUGUGUGAUAAAUGUCAGGACCUCAGAAGAUAUUUCAGUAAGGCGUUCAGCAUAUGGUCAAGGCAGGAGAAGUUCUCUGCCACGUUGGUGAACAGUCUGAUCUGGCACACGGAGCGUGACCACGCAGCCGCCGCAUGGCUCAUGCUAGCUAAAGUGUCCAGCUGCUGCGCUAAACUCAACAUGGGGACCAUUCUGGAGGCUUGGGAUCGCACCGUCAGGUCUCCUGUAGUUGAUGUGGCUACAACCGGCCACAUUCUCACCGUUCUCGGUCACAUCGCAGCGUCUCUCAACGACGAUACCAAAAGCAGGAUCAUUGACGAUCUGAUGGGGUGGCUGAAGAGCUUCAGUCUUCCCCUGGAGGUGAUCAGCGCCAGUGUGGACGCUCUGUUCAGUCUCGGCCAAGCCGACAACAUCAAGGAAACCAUGAGCUUUCUGAAUAAGUACUGUGGAGAGCUGGUGUCUGUGUGUGAGGAGUACCUGUCCACUGUCCUCUUAAAUGAAAGAGGAGCAGAAAAUCUAAAUGAGGAUCUUCUGGUGAAGCACCUGUACACUCUGGGCGUGUCCUCUCUUCACUGCCCUGCAAAAGUGCAAAAACGAGUCUUUCUCCUCGUUCAAUCCAUUCUAACCACAUCAGAGCAACCUGUGGGUGGAGAGGGUGCGGAGCUGCCAGCUAGUCAACCUCUCUCUCAGUUUAAACCCUCCUCGAUGCCAACAGUGGUACGAGCUCACGCGGUCAUCACGCUAGGGAAGUUGUGCCUGCAGCACGAGGAGCUGAUGAUGCGCUACGUUCCCGCGUUUGCACGCGAGCUCGAGGUGGGAAUGGAGUUGGCGGUGCGCAGCAACGUGGUGGUGGUGCUGUGUGAUCUGUGUGUGCGCUACCCCAACACAGUGAGCAGGUACAUCAGUAACAUCUCAGCCUGCCUCCGAGACACCGAGCCGAUCAUCAGAGAGCAGAGCCUGAUCAUGCUCACCAACCUGCUGCAGGAAGAGUUUGUCAAAUGGAAGGGUUCCCUGUUCUUCAGAUUCGCUGUGGCCCUGGUGGACCCGGACCCCUCCAUUGCAGAUCUCUGCGAGUACUGUCUGGUGGAGCUGCUGCUGAAAAAGAACCCGCUGAUGUUCUCUCAGCACUUCAUCGAGUGCAUCCUUCACUUCAACGCUUACGAGAAACAUAAAAAAUACAACCGCUUCACGCAGACGGAGAGGGAGAAGAGCAGGUUUUCUCUGAAAGGACAGAUGAACCAGAGCAAACGUUUCAGGAUCUACAGAUUCCUCCUGAAACACUUCACCGAUGAGCAGCGCUUUAAUAUCACAACCAGAAUCAGCCAGGAUGUCCUGGCAUGCUUUGUGGAUUCGGAGCUGCCUUUAGAUUCGGAGGGUGCUGAGCUGCUGGCCGACGUGUUUGACGUUCUUUCACUAAAGGAGAUCAAGCUGAUAGCCAUGAGCGGCUCUUCAGCGAGCGACGAUGCUCCUGAGGACGAGAUGGCUGUCGCUAAAGCUGUGCUGCAGAAGAAACUUGUUUCCCAGGUGCAGAAAAAGAACUUUGUGGAGAACAUGAUCCCUAUGGUCAUCGCCCUGAAGAACAUGCUGGAGGAGAAGCGCUUGCCCGUGCUCAAACAUCUCAUGUCCUACCUGCAGGUGGCCAUGCAGGACUAUCGCUCUGAGGUGAAGGAACUCUUUGCAGGAGAUGAGCAGUUGGCUGCAGAGGUGGAGUACAACCUGAAGAUGUUUGAGAAACAAAAAGAGCAGCAGGAGUUGGAGCAGCGGCUUAGCAGCUUCAUACUGUCACCCAGAACUAAAGGCAGCGCCACUGCAUCUCCAGCUCCAGGUGUCAGAGGCACACCUCUGCCACCUCAGUCUGCCCAGAGACCCUCAAACACCCCAAAAUCUGCAGACGAACUCCGACAUCGUACCUUCACUGGAAUGCUGACCCCUGUGGGCCAGAGACCCUCUCGUGGUGUAACGUCUUCAGGGCCUUCAAAAGGAGUGUAUGAUGGGAGAGCGAUCAGCACGCCGCAGGAGAGCAUGAACGAGGUGACGUUCGGAGAGCAGUUCAGUGCCAUCUGCUACGAAGGAGCCGGGAAGAGUAAUGAGAAUGUUCUACACCUGAUGUCACCUGAGCACGAAACUCCAGCCCCGAGGCAGUGGAACGUCGAGUCUCCUAUUGUGAGGAAAAGCCGGAGCAAGAGAAGGCCAUUAUGAACAUGUGUUUAUAUCAGAUGAUUGUGUUCCCGUUAUCUCUUUCUCUCUCUGUCUGUGUAUCUGUUCAAAAUUAUCACUUUUGUAAUUUUUUUACUGAAACACACCUGUUCUCUGUGUAUUUUCUGUGUGUAGAAAUAAACUGAUAGAGACCUGGAUAAUAAACGAGUUGCUUUAAUAUGUA